ACCGCCGCCCAGCGAUCUGGCCGCGGCGGCUCAGAGCGCGGCUGCGGCGGGCGCGGGCGGCGGCGGCACCCUCCCGUCCGUCUGUCCUGGGAGCUUCGCCUGCGCGCCGACCCGCGGGGGGACAGCAAGCUUUCCGGCCCGCAGCGGGGGCGGGGACGCCAGGCCAGCGGCCCCUCCGACCCCCAAGAUGAGAAAGCUGAGGCUCAGGGAACAGUAAUACACCCACCUACACAGAACUAGGUAAUCGCGGUGCGCUAGCCAGGUGGUCGGCCCCAGGCCCAUGCCCUGAGACCGGGAGGCGCCGCCAACAUGCCGUGGGACGCGCGGCGGCCCGGGGGCGGCGCGGACGGCGGGCCCGAGGGCGCAAGCGCGGCGCGCUCGCGGGCGCAGAAGCAGUGCCGCAAGUCGUCGUUCGCUUUCUACCAGGCCGUGCGCGACCUGCUGCCCGUGUGGCUGCUGGAGGACAUGCGCGCCAGCGAGGCCUUCCACUGGGACGAGCGCGGGCGCGCCGCCGCCUACUCACCGUCUGAGGCGCUGCUCUACGCACUCGUGCACGACCACCAGGCAUACGCGCACUACCUGCUGGCUACGUUCCCGCGGCGCGCACUCGCGCCGCCCAGCGCCGGCUUCCGCUGCUGCGCGGCGCCCGGGCCGCACGUGGCGCUGGCCGUGCGCUACAACCGCGUGGGCAUCCUGCGCCGCAUCCUGCGCACCGUGCGCGACUUCCCGGCCGAGGAGCGCGCGCGCCUGCUCGACCGGCGAGGCUGUAGCCGCGUGGAGGGCGGCGGCACGUCGCUGCACGUGGCCUGCGAGCUGGCGCGCCCCGAGUGCCUCUUCCUGCUGCUCGGCCACGGCGCUUCGCCCGGCCUGCGCGACGGCGGCGGCCUCACGCCGCUCGAGCUGCUGCUGCGUCACCUGGGCCGUGAUGCCGGGGCCGCCCCCGCCGUCGGGGCGCCUGCGCCCGGGGAGCCGCGCCAGCGCCGCCUGCUGCUGCUCGACUUACUGGCGCUGUACACGCCCGCGGACGCCGCCGGCCCGGCCCGCCGCGAGCUGCUGGGCGACCGGCCGCGCUGGCAGCGGCUGCUGGGCGAGGACAAGUUCCAGUGGCUGGCGGGCCUGGCACCACCCUCGCUCUUCGCGCGCGCCAUGCAGGUGCUGGUCACCGCCAUCUCGCCCGGCCGCUUCCCCGAGGCCCUGGACGAGCUGCCACUGCCGCCCUUCCUGCAGCCGCUGGACCUCACGGGCAAGGGCUAGACCGCGGGGGCACCCCGGGUGCUGGAUUUUUGGAGAAUACUAUUUUUCAGAGCGUUGUACCCGGCACUUUACAUAUAUUGUUGUCUGGACGGCAGAA